GUUGAACGUCAAUUUAUAUCAGUCACGUCAAUAUGCGACCUUUCAAAAUAAAUUUACUGUAAGGCACAUACCGUAGAUAUAGAACCAUGUAACGCUUUCACAUUAACAUUGGUCUGACAAAAUGAAAAUACAACCGUUAAAAAUUAAUCGAUUCAGAAAAACCCUGCUGUUUAGACAGGCACUGGAAACUGGUGCUCUGAUGGGAACUGGAGAUAUGGUAGCCCAGACCUUGAUAGAGAGAAAAAAGCUAGAAAGGAACUACGAUCCUUCAAGAACGCUAAUGUUCCUUUUAUUGGGGUCUUUCUUUGUCGGUCCUAUGUUAAGUGCUUGGUACAAGUGCCUAUACAAACUUGGUCAUCGUGAUAAAGACAAGUCGCAAACCGUAAUAUUACUGCAAAAAGUACUGCUGGACCAACUUGUCUUCGCUCCUAGCUCGCUGGUCGUCGUGUUGUCCAUAUUGAGCCUCAUGCAAGGAGGUAAUCUCAAAUCGGCAAAAGAAGAAAUCAAAGAAAAAUAUGUGGAUAUUCUGGUGAAAAAUUGGCAGGUAUGGCCUGCGAUACAGAUGUUCAACUUCUAUCUUGUACCAUUGAAGUACCAAGUACUGCUAGUGCAAUCUUUAGGUUUACUGUGGAACACUUACUUGUCGUGGAAGAUUCAUAACUAAUAUAUGCUAUUUUUUAAAGCUCAAUUCGGUUUUCCUUCAUUUCCAUAGCUUAAGGUGUUUCUCAGUUUCCAGCCGCCACAAGGUACAUAACUAUAGACUGGUAUCGAAACACAAUAUGCGCCACUAUUAACGUGGAGUGGUGUUUGAAAACGGCAGAAUCCGCGCACAUCGACUUUGUCUAUUCAAAGGUACGCCGCUCUAGGAGCAGCGUACGAUAUCCUACUUUCUUCCGUUUUGGUACCCGUGCAUGGUAGCAAUGGAAUCACGCAGUUUUGGAUCGCGCGGCAUUUCCAUGCCAACGACUUUGAUCAGAUUAGGAG